AUGUUACUUGUAGCAUUAUUUGCUAUUAUUUGGUGUGCAUGUAUUGCCUUAAUCAUCAACUGGAAAUUGACAUUUGCUAUAAUAUGUACAGCACCAUUUGCCAUUGUCGGCUCAUAUGCCUUUUCAAAGGAAAAGAAUAUAAGUUUCAAAGAAACACAAAAAUUGGAAGAUUCGGUAUCUUUCGAGGAAGCUAUCGAUGUAAAUGGUGACAUUGAAUUUGACAAUGUUAACUUUGCCUAUCCAGCUCGAUCCGAUGUCUUUGUUUUACGAAAUCUCACAUUGAUGGCUCGUGCUGGUGAAACAACAGCUUUAGUCGGUUCAAGUGGUUCUGGCAAGAGUACAUGUAUUUCUCUCCUACUUCGUUUUUAUGAACCUUUAUCGGGUCGCAUUGAAAUUAAUAAUCGAUCGAUUACUGACUACAAUGUGAAACAACUUCGACAAAAGAUUGGUGUUGUCAGUCAAGAACCAAUUCUCUUUGCCACAAGUAUCUAUGAAAACAUUCGCUUUGGUAAAGAAAAUGCAACAAAAACUGAAAUUGAAGAAGCAGCACGUCAAGCCAAUGCACAUGAUUUCAUUAUUCAAUUACCAAAUGUUUGUAUCGAAUGGUUUUCUCUAAUCAGAUAUGCGAUAUUUUCUAUUAAAGCCCACCCCCCACCCAAAAUUUUAUUUUUGCCAUAGAACAUCGAAUCUUAACGAAAUUUUCAGAGUAGAUGUAUCUUGGGCUGGGCACCUUGUGAUAAAAAUUUCAGCCUGAAAUCUUAAGGAUUCCAGGAGAUAGCUUAAUAUUAAGGUCCAAAACAUAGGUCUUCGUGCGUCCCAGAUUUCUCCGCCAUUUUGAAAGCUAGAAAGCUCGGGUUUGUUUUAAAAUGUUGCCAAUAUCUGGGGCUACAACUUAACAGAGUCCGAUUUUUUAAUUUUUCUUUAGCUUAGGUUUUAGAGAACUUCUACAUCAUGAUAUGAAAUCAGUAGGGUGUAAAUUCUCAAACAUUUCCCCCUCAUCUGACAUCUAUCAUGAAAUCGAAAAAUCGGGCUCUGUUAAGUUAUAGCCCCAAGUGUUGACUACAUUUUAAAACAAACCCGAACUUUCUAGCUUUCAAAAUGGCGGAGAAAUCUGGGACGCACGAAAACGUAAAAUCAAAAAAUCUCAUUUCGAGAAAAACGCAAAAUACUUUUUAGAAGUGUAUUUCAUGACUUUUCAUCCAGUUAUAGUGUUUUUCGAUCAUCUUAAAUAAUAAAAGACACUUUGAACUCAUCAUGGGUGAAUGAUGUGGGUGUGGGUGGGUGUGGGCGUGUGGGUGUGGGUGUGGGUGGGG